GACAUCGACCACAUGACUCUCGAGAUGCUUCUGACAGAGAGGGUGCGAUUCGGAAAGGCCCAUCAGGGGAAAUCAUAUGCAGAAGUCUGGGAAUCGGCACCGGACUGGAUUCGCUGGUUCUUGGGGCACUAUCAGGAAAGCAGGGAUGUGGAACACAAGAAGAUGAUUCGAUUCAUCAAGCUCAGGAUCGAGGAGACCGAGGCCAGCGGGGGAGAAGUUCCACAACCAGCCACAGUGAAGGCCAAAGUCAAGGCCGCUCCGAAGAUCUUGGCAGCUUCCGCAAAGAGCCGCUCAGCGCCUCACCCAGAUGCAUGCCCCGAAGAGCCAGUCAAUGCCGAGAUGAGCAGCCUGCAAGCUCGAAUGACCAGCCUCGAGCAUGCGCUGCAUCAGAUCCUGGUCCAUCUGACGCCCAAUGUGCCAGCAGAUCCAGUGCCGUCGACCAUGGACGACGACCUCCCGGUGCUCCCUCUGGCAUCCGAAUGGGAGGAAUGCAUGAUCAUCAGGCCAUCGAAGGUUCAACCAGAGUGCAUGGCCAUGGAAUUGCGAGAUCCGAAUUUUCUGAAAGGUAUCCACGGAAGUUUGCACGCCUGGUUGCAAAGUGAAUCGAAGGGCAAGCUCAACAGGUUUUUGUCCUUGCCUCGCGAAGAGCAGGCGAUGCUCAUGGAAUUGCUUUCAAAAGAAGUCUGGCGCUCCGUGAAAGAGCGCGUGUGGCAUUUCAUGAGGAUACCAGUGACGAUGACCUUGUCACAACACAUCUCCUGUGCUGUGAAGAUGAAGUCAUGCCAAUCGACCCGAAUGCGAUCCCUUGUGCUUGGAGAUGUGAACUCGAAAUGCCUUCAGAUCAGUUUUGCCAACCGGCGAACCUCCGCAGAAAACACAGGCUCAGGGCAGCCCAUAGGAUGA